AUGCAAAUCUUCGUCAAGACCCUCACUGGUAAGACUAUCACUCUCGAAGUCGAAUCCAACGACACGAUUGAGAACGUGAAAAGCAAGAUCCAAGACAAGGAAGGAAUUCCACCUGAUCAACAACGUUUGAUUUUUGCUGGUAAACAAUUGGAAGACGGAAGAACCUUGUCCGACUACAACAUCCAAAAGGAAUCCACUCUCCACUUGGUCUUGAGAUUGAGAGGUGGUAUGCAAAUCUUCGUUAAAACCUUGACCGGAAAGACCAUUACUCUUGAGGUUGAGUCCAAUGAUACCAUUGAAAACGUUAAAUCAAAGAUCCAAGACAAGGAAGGAAUUCCACCAGACCAACAAAGACUCAUCUUUGCCGGAAAGCAAUUAGAAGACGGAAGAACCUUGUCUGAUUACAACAUUCAAAAAGAAUCAACAUUGCACUUGGUUUUGAGACUCAGAGGUGGUAUGCAAAUCUUCGUCAAGACCCUCACUGGUAAGACAAUUACUUUGGAAGUGGAGUCCAACGACACCAUCGAAAAUGUCAAGAGCAAGAUUCAAGAUAAGGAAGGCAUUCCUCCAGACCAACAAAGAUUGAUUUUCGCUGGUAAACAAUUGGAAGACGGAAGAACUCUCUCAGACUACAACAUCCAAAAGGAAUCCACAUUGCACCUUGUUCUUAGAUUGAGAGGAGGAAUGCAAAUCUUUGUUAAAACUUUGACUGGCAAGACCAUUACAUUGGAAGUCGAAUCCAAUGAUACCAUCGAGAAUGUCAAGUCAAAGAUCCAAGAUAAGGAAGGCAUUCCUCCAGACCAACAAAGAUUGAUUUUCGCUGGUAAGCAACUUGAGGAUGGUAGAACUCUCUCCGAUUACAACAUUCAAAAAGAGUCUACUCUUCACCUUUUGAAAGACAACAAAAAUGUCACAACUUCACUUGCUUGUGGAAUUCGCAUCGGAAGGCAAGAAGCCAUCACUCGACAGCGUUCAUCAAAUAACAUAGACAAUGAAGAAUUAUGUGACAAAAUUAUGGCCUAUCUUUCUGUAUUUUGUGGACUCGUUUGGAAUUUAUCAUCCUUUCCACCUUCACCAUCAUUCAUCAAUUCCGAUUCACUAAACACUGUUGCAACUGAUUCUACUACUUUUAACUCCACAGACCACCACGAUAAGGAUCAACAACACUCAUCAGAACCAGGUUACCAACAGCACCUUGAAUCAAACAGAGAUGGAACAGCUGUUCUCAUGAGAAGCAAUGAAGACAAACAAAUGAACACCUUAGAACAACAAGAGGUUCAAAUUGCCACUGAACAUUUCUCAUCACUUCCAAUCGACACUUCUCUCAGUCAUUUACAAUUUAUUGCAAUUUAUGAUUGGUGGAAUGAAUCAUUCGGAAAGGUUGAAACCAAUGAUGCUCUCUAUGAAAUGCUCAUGAUGCUCUCCACUGCUGCUCUCUCUUUAACACAAACAGCAACUGAGAAAUCCAAUGACAAGACAAGUCUUCAAUUAUUGAUGAAAGCAACUUCAAUUUGGCAAUUCUGUGAAUGUCAUGUAUCUCCUCAAUUUCAUUCAAAUCAAUCAUUGAAAUUUGUUCAAAGUCAUAAUGUGACUAUGUGUCAACUCAUGCGUCUCUUGAGUAGAGCACAAGCUCAGGAAGUUGCCAUUAAGAUUGCCACUGAGAAAGGUAUCACUCAAUUGGAUUCACUUGCAAAAUUAUGUCGAUUUGUGUUUGAACAGUAUUCGAAUGCUUUAAAAUUAAUUCCACAGAAUGAGACGUGUAUUACCAAAUUGAAAACUUAUUUACUUUUGAAAGUGAGAUUUUAUGAUAUCAUGUCUCACAUGUAUAGUGCAUUUCAUUACAAUAAGAAUGAUGAAAAUGGAAAAGCUAUCAAAUUAGUGGAUGAGGCAAUGAAAAUGUUUGAAAACUUAUCAAAAUCGAUCAAGAAAGAAUACAUGAAAAUGUUAUUUGAAAACAAAGACAAAACUAAUCUCGAACAUCAAUUUAAAUUUUUAGAAAGUGAAUUGAAUCGAUUUAAAGAAAAAUAUGCUCUCGAAAAUACAAUGGUUUAUCAUCAGACGACUCCAGAGACAGUUCCACAAGUACUCGAGUCAAAAGAAUUGGGUCAUGUGGAAGAAUUUGAAUUUCCAGAGCCACAUGCGAUUUGGAAAAAUGCAUCAUUGGUUUACUCAAAAUUUGAACUUGGCAACAUUGCUCGUCAACAUGCUGUGGAAAUGCAAUCUUCUCAGGUGCUGAAUGAAAAAGAUGUUCAUGAUGAUUAUUCUUUUGAAAAUAACGAAUUUCAUGAUUUUGUAAUGAUUGAUUCAUCACAAAUUCCACCAGAAGCAUCUCAAUAUUCGAAUAAGCCAAAAAAAACUCGACGAAACCAAGAAGAUACUUCUGAAGGUCCUAGUUUAUGCAUGAUCUUAUAA